CAUCUUUAAAUUUUUAAUUGAGGUCCCUGAUACGCAAUAAAUUGCAUGAUGAUUUCUACGUUUUUCACAUUCAAGCAUUUUAAAUCGCCGUUCAAAACUGUCAUGACUAUAUAUUCGACUCUCUUUUCUUCAAACGCAUUUUUUCCUUCGAGAUUACUUUUUCAUCUUUUAACAUGGCACCCAUCACUACUACUACAUUUGACCCCAAGGAAGUCACCGUUGUGUUUGUUCUCGGUGGUCCCGGUGCUGGUAAGGGUACUCAAUGUGGAAACAUUAAGCGCGAUUACGACUUUGUCCAUCUCUCUGCUGGAGAUUUGUUACGUGAUGAACAAAAGCGUGAAGGUUCCAAGUAUGGAGAAUUGAUUCAAUCUUACAUUCGUGAUGGAUUGAUCGUUCCUAUGGAAGUUACUAUUGCAUUAUUGGAAGCCGCUAUGAAGGAAUCUAUUGAACAAGGUAAUAAGGGACGUUUUUUGAUUGAUGGUUUUCCUCGUAAGAUGGAUCAAGCCAUCAAGUUUGAAGAAUCUGUGGUAGAGUCAAAGUUCGUUUUAUACUUUACCUGUUCCGAAGAGACUCUUUUGGAUCGUUUAUUGAAGCGUGGUGAGAGUUCUGGUAGAAUUGAUGAUAACAUCGAGUCCAUCAAGAAGAGAUUCCAAGUUUUUAAGGAAACAAGUUAUCCUGUCAUUGAAGCUUUUGAAGCUAAAAAUAAAGUGCGCCAGAUUAACUCUGACAAGCCCAUUGAAGACGUUUACGAUGAUGUUAAGAAGAUCUUUGAUGAAGCUCUUUUGUAGACUAUGUUUAUAUGAAAUAAAAUAUUAAAAUUAAGCAAAUGA